GUAAGAGGCCUAGAUCCUGAGAGAGCCAAGAGGUCCGCUCUGGGUGAGUGUCACUCAUUCCCGUACUAGACUGAGUAUGUAAGGCCACCCAGCUCGGCCUUCCUAGAAGGGUGACUGAGGCUCAACUCUCACUGCCCCUGGCCAUUCCUCCCUUGAGCACUGGUCAGACACGAGUCCUAAUCCCAACUCCAAAGUGCUCUAACCUCAGUCAAGGAACAAAUCUUACUCAACUCAAGUCUCCAUUUCCUCAUCUGUAAAUCAUAGAAGACAGGAUCCCUCUGGGCUCCACAUGAGCUGCCUCAGAGACUGCUCCGAGCCAACAGGACCCAGCAAAGAAGAGUCAGAAGAAAAGGGUAUGCAUGGAAGGGAAAGCAGCUCCAUGGAACAGGAGCCCUCUGGCCUCCGGUUCUGCCUCUUCAGAGGCUGUCCCUGAGCAGAGAGCCAGGAGAAUGAGAGGCCGGAAGAGGAGGAGAUCGAUGGAUGUCACAGCAGCGGCCCAAGACAGCAGCGUCCCGGCCUCCAACUCUGCCACCUUGGAAGCUGUCUCUGAGCUGAGGUCCUGGAAGAAGAGGGGCCAGAAGAGGAACAUCUGGAUGGUCAAUCAUGUUGAGGGAAUGAAACUCAGGAUGAACAAGAGGAGAAGACCCAGUUACCGUCCUGAAGACCAAGAAGCGUUCUACCGACUUCUGGAGGACCCCGUGAUCCAGAGCUUCUUGGAAGCUGAUAUUUUCCUCAAAGUAUCUGAUAAGUACCUGCUUUCCAUGGUGGUGGAGUACUUCGGCCGUGUCGGGCUGCCCGGCCACCUCUACAACAGGAUCCACUUCUUCCUGGCCCUCUACAUUGCCUCUGACAUGGAGGAGGACAACCCCACAUCCAAACGGAGCAUCUUCCAGUUCCUGCUGGGCAGGGAGCACUGGCCAGAGCUCUACAAGGAGUUCCUGAAGUUGAAGGUGGAGUUCUUCCAUGCAAUGGGGCACCGUGCCUGGGUCACCCCGGAAUUGUGUGAGGAGAUCCAGGCCCAGAACCCGCAUCACUGGGUCUGGAGUCGGGAGCGCCAGUGCGCCCCCUAGUUCCCCGGGGAACAGAGCGGGGGCUGCAGGUGGUACAGGGUGUGACGGAGCCCAUUCUGACCCUAGGAAAAAGAAGGUCAAGUGUGCUCUGUGAUAAACCAAGUUUGGGAUAAAGUUUAAUUCAUCCACAGGCGGCUUAUUUGAGGACCAACAACUACUAUAUAUGUCAGAAUCUCAAAUU